AUGGUUACGUGAGUCAAACAUAACAUGACACGUUGACAUCGUUUGUGUGAACGUAUAAUAGUUGAGUGUUGUUAUUUCUCCUUUGAAAUAGAAUAAGAACAAUGGAUCUUAACCUAAUGGAUAAAUUGCGUAUACUCAAGAUCGACACCGAGUUACGUUCGCAUAUAAAAAUGAAACCAAUGAGCAGGCAUUAUUUUAUCACUGGCACGAAUCCUGGGGAACAAUUCUAUGUGUUUGCAUCGACAGCCGCAUGGCUUAUAAGAAAAACUGGGAAGGAAUUUGAACAGCCCAACGAGGAAGAUGAUCCAAACAUUAUCAUUGCUACUAUAGUCGAUGUUCUGAGAGAGAAAGAAAUAGCCGUUGAUUUCUCUUCACACAAACUGAAGCAGGGAUAUGGUGAACAAGUGUGCUAUGUAUUAAACGUUCUAGCUGAUGAAGUUCUGAAAGUUGAAGGGUUCGAAUGGCAGAAACCAAUCGUAGAUAUAGCAGAGCCAGAAGAAGCUGCUGACGACAUAGACCAAGUUGAAGAUGAAACUGAAAUCUUACUUGACAAAGUUGAAGAAGAAAUGGCAAUUUAUUCCGGGGAAUCUGAAGAAGAAUUCGAUGGAGAAGAAAAAGAGGAAAAAGAGAGUUUAGUUAAGAAGGUCCAUGAUUGGGAAGCGUGGAAGUUGGAGUUAGAGAGAGUAGCACCAGCGUUGAGGCUGAAAAUUUCAGCUGAUGGUCGCGAUUGGCGAGCCAGACAUUCCCAAAUGAGGACAUAUAGAGACGAACUAUUUGAGAGAUUCAAAACUACAGGAUCCCAGUUGAAAAAAUUACAUGGAAAUAUUAGUUCGGUAAUGGACAAGGUAUUGGCGAGAGAGAAUAUAUUGAACGAACAGUUUGAACCUUUGGUUAGAGACUAUGGAUCUUUGCUUGAUGAGCUGAGCAAAGUUACGAAUGAAUAUAAAGAUGUUAGCGUAGGAGUUACAGAAAGACAAGAGACACUGAACGAAUUGACUUCUAAAGUAGAGAAUAUAAAGCAGAGGACAGAAUCUAAAGGUUCUUCAAUGAAUGACAAUUCUCCAUUAGUGACUGCGAAGAAAGCCGUCUCCAACCUGAAGAAGGAUAUACAAGACUUGGAUUUCCAGAUUAUAGUGUUGCUUUGGCUUUUGACGACUAAAGAGAAUCCUAAUAGCAAUAAUUUGUUUGCCAAUGCGGAAUCUAAGAUGGUUGGAAUUGAAAGCUAUUGA